AUGUCUGGCGACUCAGACGACGUGCAAAUGCUACUAGAUGCACUUGUGCAAGCACCCAUGGCGGCGCGGACAAUACCAGAUUCUGCAACAAGCCAUGGUCCAUAUCUUGCACCGACAACUGAAUUCGUACUCGCAGCACCUAGUACUGAUAUGGACACGCCGUUUGCGUACGCACAGGACGAAUCACGGGUGCGCGCAAUUCUCGCAUUCCUCUCUGACCCUGAGAAGUCGCGCACGUGCGCAGCGACGCGUAAGGUCGAGACUCCCGACUAUUGCACAGUGAUGGACUCAGAAGCUGUAGGAAAAACCCGCGGUGCCUCUGCACCUGUGGACAGCACAUCAGACGCUGUGUACGCAGAACUUCACGCUAAGCAAGAACGGGCGGAAAAGCGACUUCGUCGAAUGGAAAAGGAGGCACUUGUGCGGGAUCGCCGUCGGGCCAUUGAGCGCGUCGAGCGUAUUCAACAGGUGGACAUCGUCAAGUUACUUCCUGUAUUGGAAGCACGUCAAGACCCACGUGCACGUCGCUCACACGCCGAAUUGUUGGAGCACUUAUCGUGCACCCAUGCAAGGAUAUUGGCGGAGGCACAAGCUAUAUUGGACCGGUACAACAAACUCUUGCCGAACGAAACACGGCAUGAUCAUAAGACGGAAGGCGUGACACAGCGCGCCAGACGUACGAGAUCUUCCACAGCUGUCUCGCGGUCUACUCAUCCUCGAACAUCGAUACCUCCGCGGUCAGCUGCAGCCUCUUUAGAGCGACUAGCAUCUUCAAGGCAGUCGCGUCAACAAAUGGCCCCAUCGCUAGCUGAACUAGCUCUUCACACAGAUACCCAUUCUUCUUCGCGACGACCUGUAUCGAUGCGCCGUAAGUCUAUGCUUGCUUUUGGCGAGUAUAUGCCCGAGAUUGCGAUACGUUCUGAACCGUUUGAACACGCCAUGGCCUCGUGGCUCCAAUCCAACACAACAUGA